AUGACAAAUCAAACUGCCCAGAACAAUAAUCAAGGGGAUGACGGCGAAUCGUGGGAAGUGCUAUUGAUGCCAGAUGCUCGCGAUGCCAAUGUGAAUCCCAAAAGCCCAUACAUCGACUUCCAGCUAAACACAUGGCUCGGCCGACUGUCCUUAGUCGUUCGAUCAAGAAGCACGAUCGAGAGCGAUGUGUCACGCUCCAUUGUCAAGAAAUCUAGGACUCAUCUCCACCUGCAAGAACAGUCAUCUCUCUUUCAACUCCCGGCUGAGAUCAGAUUGAUCAUCUAUGAGCUGAUAUUCGAAGUCGAGGCCGCAGACCAUGGCAUCAAGCUCCGGAGACCAGUGCCACACGAACGCAACCGAUCUAUUCUUGCUCCACUAGCUACAUGUCACCGGUUUCACGACGAGGCCGAAUCCGUUUUCUGGUCGAUAAAUAGGAUCUACAUAGACGAUGUCGCAUUGUUGAAGUCCAUCAGCAAGCAAGCCCGCGAUGGGAUGACCAUGCUCACCGUCCCAGCCAAGGAUGGCAGCUCAUUACUGGCCAUGCUACAGGACAUCCAUCAAGCUCCAAAUCUCAAAUCACUCUGGAUCGUGCGACCUUUGAACGUGAGAUUCAUCAAUCAUCAGGAGUGGGCUGUAAUGGCCCAUCAGAUCAUAUUGGAGAUCAAGAAGAUGGCGGUUUUGAAGGAGGUCAAGUUCAUUACGCCUGAAUGUAAUGAUCUCAAAGACUAUGAAGCAAUCAGAAAGCAAAAACUUGAUGAGAUUGAUGCAAGGAUAUGUGCGGCCGCCUUGCAGUCAGUCGCUGUCGGUGUCAGCAAAAGUUCAAGUUCGAAUGGGGUGUGCGAAAUAGAUCGACCAGGUCAGAAAUGUUGA